AUAUAUCGAUAAGUGUGCUUGGACAAAUCAAAAAUAAUAAGCAAUUGUUUAACGUUUAGCUGCAUAUAAUGCAAUUCGCAUGACAUUUUGUUUUCUUAGUUCGAGGAGCACAAAAUGGUGCGCAUUUUAUUUCUGCAUCCCGAUUUGGGGAUUGGAGGCGCUGAGCGUUUGGUUGUCGACGCCGCUUUGGCGCUGAAGGAACGUGGCCAUGACGUCAGUUUCCUGACUAAUCAUCACGAUAUUUCCCACUGCUUCAAGGAGACAGCAGAUGGCAGUUUCCCUGUGCAGGUUGUUGGGGAUUGGUUGCCACGACGCCUCUUUGGACGCUUCUAUGCGUUCUGUGCCUAUGUGCGAAUGUUGUAUGCCGCUUUCUAUGCGAGUUUCUUGAUGCCCCAACGUGAGCAGGUCGAUGUUGUCUUCUGUGAUCUGAUCUCGGUGUGUGUGCCCGUGCUGCGACUGGCUCGCCAUCGUCCACGUAUUCUCUUCUAUUGUCACUUUCCCGAUCAAUUGCUGAGUGCUCGAAAUGGCGGUCUUCUCAAGCGUUUGUAUCGCGCACCCCUCAAUUGGCUGGAGGAGCACACAAUUGGUCAGGCCGAUAAGGUGCUCGUUAAUUCCAAGUUUACGUUACGCGUCUUCCAAGACACAUUCCGACGGCUGAGCACCGUGCCAGAUGUGCUUUAUCCUUCGCUGCACACGCAAUAUUUUGACAAAAUGGAGCACAAAUUGGAGCAGCGUUCGACGCUGUUGGAGGAGCCGGUUCAUCCACGUGUGCCACGCAAUUCCUUUGUCUAUCUGGACAUCAAUCGCUAUGAGCGCAAGAAGAAUCAUUCGUUGGCGCUGCACUCGCUCAGGUUGCUGGGCAACAUGUUGCCAGCAUUGGAUUUCAAGCGUUGUCGUCUGAUCAUCGCCGGUGGCUAUGAUUCACGUUGUGUGGAGAAUGUGGAGCACUUUUCCGAGCUGGAACAGCUGGUGGAGGAGCUACAGCUGCAGGAUCAUGUGGUGCUCCUGCGUUCGCCGACGGACGAGGAGAAAUGCCAUCUACUGUUUGAAGCACAUUGUCUGCUUUAUACGCCGGAGAACGAACACUUUGGCAUUGUGCCGCUGGAGGGCAUGUAUUUCUCUAAGCCAGUGGUGGCUCUGAACAGUGGUGGACCCACUGAGACUGUGGUGCACACAUCGACGGGCUUCCUCUGUGAUCCGAAUGAGAAGAGCUUCGGUGGUGCCAUGUAUCAACUGUUCCGCGACGAGGCACUGCGUCUCAAGAUGGGCGAUCUGGGCAAAAAACGAGUGCAGCAAAAGUUCUCCUUUGAGGCAUUCGCCGAUCGACUCAGUCAGGUUGUCCAGGAACUGUUGCCAAAGAAACAACAAUAAAAUUAAAUAAACCGAAAUAAAA